UUAUGCUUCUUAAUAUUUGUCAGUUCUGUAUGUUUGAGUUUUGAAUGUUUUUUAUUUCGAAAAUAAGCAUAAGCAAAUAAAUCAACAUAAUAUCAAUUUCUAAUGAGAAGAGCUUCUGAAAAUUACAUCCACUAUGGGCGAAAUGUGCGUAUUGGUAAUUGGUAUGAAGACUUUUCUCUUGAAGAGGAUGAAAUUAAGACAUUUCUUCGUAAACGUCAUAAAAGUGAACUACUAAUCCAAAAGACUCGUUUGUUAUUUGUUAAUUUUCAUGCCAAAGUCGAUAUAGAUAGUUCACCUAAUCAUAUUCGUUUUGGGGCAGUGGUUCAGCUUCUGUCAUGUAUGAAGUCUUGUCCUGACAAUAGUGAUCCAAAUUUUCCAUCGGCAUUAUCUGUCAUUAUCAAUGAACAAGUUGUACGAAAAAGUCGUCUAAAAAUCAAUGAUUUAUGUGAAUUGACUGUUGCGCCAUCUGUGCAACCUUGUGUGAGAAAUACAUUCAAAAUUAUGAGCGCUGAUAAUCGAGAUCGAAAUGGAGAACCUCUGAGAUUUGGUGAGCAUUUUAUAAUACAAUGCGUUGAUGCGGAGGAACAGCCCCUUUUGCUAUUAAGCAUGCAGAAGUCUGCUAAUCUGACAUAUAUGGCCCAGACUACUUUUGAAUCUUGUAAGCGUGGUGAAAUUAAUCUUUCAGUUGCAUUGUGCUUGAAAAAGAACAUUGGUCCCGGCAAAGAUAUCCCAUAUGCAUAUUCAAAAUGGCGUUGCUAUCAUUCAGAUCCUAAUAAGCGUUUUGAAACAGAAGGUCAGCCUGUACCGAAAAAUUGUCCACUUAUAAUAACACAUUUGGCAACAAAUCGAAAUUUAUCAACUGAAAAUAUUCUUAUUCAAACACUUUUUGGACCGGAAUUUCUUGUUUCGGUUCAAAAUUAUAUCGAUUUUUCUAGAAGACUAAGUCCUAAAAAUCUAUGGAUUAUUUCAAUUGGAAAUAAAAAGGAUUCGGAGGAAGAAAAAUUGCCUGAUGAAAUAAAUAAAUAAUUUGAAAACU